GGCAACUCGAUGAUUACGACGAAGUACAUUAAGCAUAUGAGUUCAGCUUUGGCAUUCAAGAACGAGUCGGUUUUAAUGUUCUUUUUGGUCAUUCUUUUGGUCGGCAACCCCGGGCUUCUCGAAGUAAAAGGGGUGCGGGACUCUGACUGCUGGAACUUGAAUGGUAGAUGUCAAUAUACAUAUGAACCUUGUUUCCAGUACAAACCAGGAUACUGUGCUGGGCCAACCAAUAGACAAUGCUGUGUGCGUGGAGCGGAUUUACAGUGUUGGAGGGCACGUGGCAUCUGCCAAAUGAAUUGGAAACGCUGUAGUGGCAAAUAUCUGAGAGGUUUAUGUGGCGGAGGUCUAUCUCGCCAAUGCUGUGUAUAAUUUCCUUUAUCUUGAAAAUUAAACCAGUAUGAUUGUAUCAA